CAGGGGAUAGCAUUCCAUCACAAUAUUUGUCACAGCAAGAUGAGUCCGUACAACAAAAGGACUCACAUGAGGCGGGUGAUGCGAUACCUACGAGAACAUUAUGCAAGAAGAUGAAGACUUACGCACAACUUCUACCGUACCUUCUACAUCAGCCUUCCCUACAAGUACUACUCCUGCUAAUCUAGACAGGACUAAGACUAAAGCAGGCAUCCAAGCUUCCACUGAUGAUACACCAAUCUCCACAACGCCCUCCACUUCUGACAAAGUAUGUUCUCUUACCUUCUUAUCCUUUUUGUAUAUUCUCGUUCUCUCUAUGAAAAUGGAAGAUUUUCAUUUUUUUUCUUAUUGUAGCAUCUAUGUCAGAUUUUUCAUGACCAAAAUGAAGUUAUGAGUCAUCAGUAUUGUAAAAAUUGGAGCAAAAAUUUUACCGAUCGUUAAACUAAUCUUCCACUGCUACUUGUUCUCCUUAUUACUUGUGUCAUAUGUCUGAUUACUCCAUUUAAUUUUGAGAGCUUUUAUUUCCACGAUGGUGAGGAAGGCACAGUUAACCCAUCAUUAGCUAAUACCAGAAGCAAGACAUCUGAUAUUAUUGAACCACCCGACUGUCCUGUGAAAUUCGAUAAUCUAGAAGACUUCUUUGCUCAAAUUAGUGGACAAAUUAAACGAGCUCAAUCUGUCGGUUUGUCUUCUGAUCUCUCUUCUCCCAUAGAUGACAAGAUUGCCACACAACAGUCUACACCGUCAGCAGAAAUGCUUGCCACAGCAAAAGGUGAUAUUGAGAGAUUACUAAUCAUGCCUUCUCAAGAUUUGCUUCUACCCGAAAACUGUUCAGCAUUAAGUGCAGCACUAUCAGUAUAUGCUGCAGCACCGGAUUUAUCAGCUGAGAGAGCGCUUGCCUUGGAGAAGCUCAAAGAGAACCUUACGCACCUUUCCUUGACCUUGCGCAGAGCUAAGAAGGACAAAGAGGAUUACUCCAAGAAGGCUGCCAAGAAAGUGCUCCUCAUUGACGAGCUCUCAAAGUAUAAGGAGCUCUAUACUAACCUCAAAGACGGCAAUGACAAACUUGAAUACCAAAUCAGCAAGUUGAAGGCAAGCUUGAAGGAUGCAGAGGCAAAAAAAGAAGCAAUCCAGGAACAAACAUUGAGUUUGGCCAAGAAGUGUUUUGAAAAGUCUAGUGCUCUUGAUGAAAUGGAAGCUGAGUUUCCUGUCCUGAAUGAGAUGAGGGCGCUAGCUGAUUCGGAUAUUGCUUGAGUGGAUGAAAGCUUGAGAGACUUCAAGAGUAAGAUAAUCGAGUGCUCGCUUGCAUAAACCGGCUCUUCAUGUGAAUUAGCUGGCUAGUAAGAAAGUGCAUGUAAAUAUGUUUUGCUAUGUGCCAACUCUCUCUCUCUCUCUUUUGAAUGGCAUACGUUAGUAUAGCCAAGUUAAGUCCAAACAUGUAUAGUGAAACCAGAAGUGUACUUCUAUGGUUUCUGGUAGGAACAGGUUGACGGAUCAUGUAUGCUUCAAAAUAGCACUAAUUUUGAUAUGGUGACUAGGUAAGAAAUGUA